UAGAGAAAACUCAGAAUACACUUGGUUUCUGAAAAAAAAAACGGUUCUAAAAAAAGAGUUAUACUUGAAUAUGGCUUAUAAAUUGAUACCUCCGAAUUUUCGAAAAGGCUAUCAUGCUGUAAAGAAUCCAGUUUUUAGUCUCACUGAAAGGACACAAGUUAUUUCUUCAGAAAAGCAAACAGCUGGCAUCCUAAAUAGGCCAAAGAAUAAUGGCCCUUUAACCUCACCAGUUAGUCCUUCAGAACCCUCCAAGCCUAAAACAGCAAAACAAGAUGACCAUGUGCUAGUAGAGUUAACUGACCUUAGUAACAGCAACCAAACCAAAACUAAUCACCAAAAUGUUGGUGCAAUUUCAAAUAACAAGAGUGAUUCUAACACCUUAUUAUCAGCUUCAUUAGUCUUAAAAACAAAUAGUCCAAGGGAGGAAAAAGAAAAAAAUGUAGCGUCAAAGAAGCUUCAGUAUUAUUUGCCUAAAUUGGAAGAAAAUAGUGGCACGAAAACUACAAGUAAAAGUAAGCCUUUGACAGAACAACAACUAAGGAGAGAAAGAAGAAGACAGAGACAUAAGGAUGAUAAACCAGACUGCUACAAGUUUCGUAAUCAAGAUGAUUUCUGUGAAGCAGUGUGUGAAGCUAGAAUAACAAAUGACUAUAAAGAGUUACAAAACUUUCUUGAAAAAAUCUUUACUUCUUUCUCUGAACUGGUUAAAGUGUUCAAGGUUCAAAAAUCUGAAAAGCAAAAGAUUCAUAUUGAUAUGGAUUAUUUAGAUUAUGUCAAUGAGUCGAUUAUUAGAAUGCCUAAAGAAGUUCAAAAAGUAAUUCUUCGUUCCAUCAUUAAUUGCAUGUUGAGUGAUUUAAGAGGAGAUCGCUCAAAGGAUGAUCUAACUGCUUUUAUGAUUUUACUUCUAAAUUUGCAAUUCUCCGAUUCUUCAACAUAUUCUAUCUUUGCUCAUGUUAUGAGGCAAGUUGCUGCUUUACAAAACAAAGACCACCACCAUUUAAUUAACUGGUUUCGUCUGUUGCCUCUCAAGGAAUAUAAAGAUCUUAUUGACAGAAUCGUCAAAUUUAUCAACUAUCGCUUAAUUCCAUUGAAAAGUGAUAUUCCUGAAGGAGAGAAGAGCGAAUGGUGGGUGCCAAAUGCUGUUAAAGUUUUGGCAUUGCUAAGUGCUGCAAAUGAACAAUGUCUUCCAAUGUUAGUUGAAAGACAAAACUUUUAUGUCAAAGGGGCUGAAGUGUUGGAUUUGGUAAAAGAAUAUCAAACAUGGCAAUCUGGCUCUAAAAGAUUUUCUUUCUGCCAGUACCCGUUUGUUUUGAGUCUAAAGGCGAAACGAUACAUCAUGCAGAAAGAUUCUGAAACGAAGAUGCUACUUGAAGCAAGACAAAGUUUAAUGAAAAAUUUUCGUCAGAAGCAAGCACCCAACAUGGGAAUGUUGUUUCUAAACUUAAACAUCAGAAGAAAAUUCAUAUUAGAAGAUUCUCUGCAAGAGAUUUCAAUGAAACAAAAAGACUUACGAAAAAAGCUACGGGUUAUUUUCAAAGGGGAACCUGGUAUAGAUUUGGGUGGCGUAAGUAAGGAAUGGUUUUUCCUAAUCAUGCAGCGAUUUUUCAAUGAAAAUUAUGGUAUGUUUAAAUAUGACAACAAGCUGCACACGUGGUGGUUUAAUUCUUCAAGUAAAGAAAAUUACCAAGAAUUUAACCUCUGUGGAGUUUUGAUGGGUUUAGCUAUGUAUAACAGCAUCAAUCUUGAUAUUCGGUUUCCACCUUGUGUGUACAAGAAGCUACUCAGCCCUGCGAUUGUUCCGUACAACAACCCGCAUGCGCCAGUGGGAGUGACGCCGUUGGGAAUGAAUGACUUUAAACAAGUCUACCCAGACCUUGCGAAUGGACUACAAGAACUUAUAGAGUAUCAGGGCGAUGUUGAAGACGAUCUAUGUCAAUCGUUUCAGGUUUCAUAUACAGAAUUUGGCCAGGUUAUCACGAGAAUGUUAAAGCCCGAUGGGCAUAAAAUCCCUGUUACGAAUCACAACCGGCAAGAAUAUGUGAAUCUAUACAUUGAUUAUCUUCUUAACAGAUGCAUAUAUCAACAAUUUUAUUCUUUCUAUCAUGGAUUUCAUAGCGUGUGUGCUUCAAACGCUUUGCUACUCUUACGCCCAGAAGAGGUUGAAACUUUAGUAAUCGGAAAUUCUGAAUUCAACAUAAAAGAUUUGGAAAAAGUUACGGUAUACGAUGGCUACAAUAAAAUGGACAGCACGAUAAGGUACUUAUGGGAAACUGUAUUCGAGUAUCCUCAGAAGAUGCAACGCAAAUUUCUCUUCUUCUGUACUGGUAGUGACCGCAUUCCGAUAGGCGGUAUGAAAGAAAUGAAAUUUAAAAUCACGAAAAUUGGUGGGCGCAGUGCAGCUCAAAUGUUACCUAUGGCGCAUACAUGUUUUAAUCAACUGUGUCUUCCAGCUUAUAAGAAUCGAAAAGUGUUACAGAAGAAACUUUCGAUUGCUAUCGAGAAUGCUGAAGGCUUUGGAUUGGAGUGAUGUCGUCUUUCACGUGUACGACGGCUUGUAUAUGUGGUAAAAACGAAUCCCAGGAACUCUUCCCCUGACGCUAUGAUCGAGAUUGACCCAAGAAA